CUGUGGCCAAAGUGGAGAUUAGAAUUAGGCAGAGCCGUAUAUAUGAAUCGGUAUACAUGGUUAAAUCAGUCAGUAGAUAAUUGUUAAUUAUUGUACUAUAAUAUUGUAAUUAUUUAGAAUUAAAUACUAUAAUGAUUUUGCUUGAGAUACAUAACAGGAUACUAGAAGAAACAUUAACGAAUAAAAUAAAAAAUGCCUUAUCAGGACAUAAACCGGAGUCAACGGACGUGGUUAUAGCAGAUUUUGAUGGUGUUUUAUUCCAUAUUUCAAAUUUAAGUGGUGACAAGUCAAAAAUUAGAAUUAGUAUUUUACUUAAAUUUUAUAAACAACUGCAAGAACAUGGAGCAGAUGAAUUACUGAAACGAGAAUAUGGUCCUCAUCUUAUUGCUCCAGAAAGCGGUUAUAAUGUGUCAGUUUUGAUAGAUUUGGAAAAUUUACCAGAGGAUUGGGAAGCUUUAGUGAAGAAAGUUGGUUUAUUAAAAAGGCAUUGCUUUGCAAGUGUGUUUGAAAAAUACUUUGAUUUUCAGGAAGAAUAUUAUGAUUCUCCUGGUACACAAGUUCAAAAGAGAGCAGUUAUUCAAUAUAGAGAUCAGGAAACUAUGUACGUGGAAGCUAAAAGUGACAGAGUGACUGUAGUAUUCAGUACUAUAUUUAAAGAUGAGGAUGAUAUGGUUAUUGGAAAAUUAUUUCUACAAGAAUUAAAAGAAGGUAGACGUGCUAGCCAUACAGCACCACAAGUUCUAUUUAAUCAUCGAGAACCCCCAUUAGAACUGCAGGAUUCUGAAGCAGCAGUAGGAGAUUGCAUUGGAUAUAUUACAUUUGUAUUAUUUCCACGGCAUACGAACAGAGAAGCACGUAAUAAUACUAUUGAUUUAAUACACAUGUUCAGAAAUUACUUACAUUAUCACAUUAAGUGUAGUAAAGUUUAUAUUCAUUCACGUAUGCGUACUAAAACUACAGAUUUUCUAAAAGUACUCAAUCGCGCAAGAUCUCAAACAAAAAGUACUGAAAAGAAAACAAUUACCGGUCGGACAUUCAUAAGGAAAGAAUGAGUUCAUAUAAAAGUUAACAGUACUGAAACAGUUUUAAAUGCGGGAUAAAUGAAAUGUUUCAUUUAUCUUAUAAUUUUGCUGACAAUUCUUAAUUUUUGGUAUACAGUAUAUGGUUUAUUAACAAAGGCUUGAUUACUGUCUUAUGAAAUUAGUAAACCACAAGUUCUCCAUGUAUAAGAUCAAAUGUAAUUUUUUUAAAACAAUGAAAGAUUUUAAGCAUAUGUUUACGAUCCUGAAAAUAUAUUGAUAAAUUAUUUCAAA